UUCGCAUUAUUUCCAGUUCUCAUUCGAUUGCUCGCAGACAGUAUAGGUACUCGUACAUUUGUACAGUUGUACGUUUUUGUAUGUAUUUUCACCAACACUUUUUUCAAAUUCUUUUUUUUUUAAUUGAAAUACCUAUAUUAUUAUGUAAAAAGCAAACCACCUGACUCAUGAUGUUUCUUUUCUUGACAUUAAUAAUUAUUACAAUACUCCAUGGAGCAUCGAGAAGUGAAAAACCACCAACCAUAUAUCACGCAAAAACAUGCCGAGAAAUGUUCGACGGUCCUUUCGGAAAGCAUCGAGACGGUUUCUAUUUGAUAAAUCCCAGCCAAGGCGAUCCAAAAAAUUCCAUCUAUGUUUAUUGUAUAUUUGAAACACGUGAAACAUGCUUACAUUUGAAAUCACCCACGAGUAAACUUUUGUUUGAUGCUUCUACGGUUAAAUCAGAUGUUUGGAUAGUAAAAAGCAAUCCCAGACGGUACCAGUUCACUUACGAAGUAGAUGCUAAUCAGCUAAGAAUUUUGCAACAAAUAUCCAAAUCAGCUUCACAAACUAUUAUUUAUCUUUGUAAGAAUACCAUCGUCUAUUACGACAGUAUCAACAAAAAUUUCGAUAAAAGUGUAAAACUACUGGGAUGGAAUAAUGACGAAAUCACUCCGCAAAACCUUUCAAAUUUACAAUUUAUGUCCGGUCAUGAUGGUUGUCAGCAUAAAAACGAUUGGUGGUCAAAUACACGCAUCCUGUACUCAACUAACAUACCUUCCCAACUUCCCAUCACUGAUAUUGCAAUUCGAGAUGUCGGGAGACCUGGACAAUUUAUUGAUGUGCACAUUGGACGAGUUUGCUUUCUUUAAUUUUCGAAGAAUGGAGUGAUUGGUGGAAAUGCGAAAUGAAUCAAGACGCUUGAGUAAGUCAACGAAAAGGAGCUGCGUUGAUCAGAAUUGGUUAAUUGAUUGGGUAUAAUUAUGCAACUCUAUUCGUAGAAGGAAAAAAAUUUCGAGAGACAAAAAAUAUUCGGUUUGUUGAAUUUUUACCACGAAUAGAUUUUCAGAAUUUUAUUGACAACUGAUUGAAAAAAAUAUUCGUUUGAAAUGCUUCGAAAUGUAAUAAUUUAUGAAAUAGAAAAUGUUAGAUAAUAUCACAACAAUUUAUGCAUCCUGAAUUAUUGUUGCUUAAAUUUUCAAAUUAGAUACCUGUAAGCUAUAGGUGUAGCAUUAAGAGUUAACAGUACUUAAGCUACCAUUUGAAAAAUGUUAAUAAAAUUAACAAAAUGUGUACUUGCAUAAUAUAGAAUAAUAAUUCAGAAGGGGUAUAAUAAAAUUAUGUAUCUCUAUUGAGAGAAUGAAAAAAAAAUUUCGAGAGGCAACUUUUCUGUUUCCGAAAUUAAUUUGCAUUUGAAAGUUUUUUCCACAACUAGAUUUUCAGGAUUUUAUAAAAGCAUUCGUUUGAACUGUUUCGAAAUGUAACAAUUUAUGAAAUAAAAAAUUUUCUAAUAUU